AUGAGUGAUGAUAACUUGAAGGAAGAUUUCCAAAAAUGGAAUCCAAUGGAAAAAGACUACAAAAGUGUCGAAUUCAAUCAAUACAAUACAGGGCCUGGUGCAAACCUUGAUUCUUCUUUACAACUGGCUAACAACAAUGGAAAUACUACACCCUCAAAAGAUGCUCCAACGCCGUUUCUAUUAUUUAAAAAUAUGCCACCGAAAAUGAGUAAAACUGCUUUGAGGAAUAUUUGUUCCAAGCAUGGUACAGUGACAUCCGUACGGGACAGCCAAAAGUGUGAUUACUUCUUUGUUGAUUUUGCGACAGUGGCUGAUAUGGAGGCAACAUUUCGUGCACUGGAGAAUAAUAAUUACGGAUUUCAAGUGUUUGUUGGAAAACACAAGAAAUCUGUGACACCAAUGGAUUACAACAAGGAAAAUAAGAUAAUUCCUGUACCACCACGUACAACUGGUAUUGAUUAUCAAAACCGAACUAUUCGUGUUCCAAGCAAGCAAUUGCCCAGACCAAAAAUUGAACAACCACAACAGAUUGAUGGAGACGAAUGUAAUGUAUAUUCUGCAGAUUUUUUCCAGAAUGAUGCACAUCAGUUAGAACGUGAAGGCUUACACGAACCAAUAAAGCACGCCAAAUUCAAAUAUCAAACAGGUCGUUCUUAUAUACAAAUGUCAGACAAUAUGAGGGAUUUUGUAACCAAAAAACAUAAAGAAUCCUCGGGUAGAUAUUCACCAUCAACGGGCAUAUAUGUGAAUAAAGUGAAUGGAUUCGAGAAACCCUCCAAAAUUGGAAAGUGUAAUGUUUGUAAACGUGAAUGUGAUACUAUAUGUAGCCGUUGUUCAGUGUACUAUUGCAGUGUAGACUGUCAAAAAAGUGAUUGGCAGGAACAUCGUUAUAUAUGUGGCAAACCAAAGAACUUACAGGAAGAAUCUCUAAAACACAAGAAAUCACCAAUGGCAGCAAAUAAACCUAUGCCAGCUGUUAAAGAGUUUGAAAACACAUAUAAUUCUCCAAAGAAUUCGCACAUAGAAAGUGAUUGUAAAUCUCUAAUACCUAGAAGCGGUAAUAUUGUUACAAUAACCGCUAUAAGUAAAACCAAUAUUGUUUUUAUUCGCGCCAAAACUUAUGAAGAUAAUAUGAGCUAUUUCAAAACAAUUGAUGGUAUUCAAGCCAUGGGUAAAAAAUUAAGACCCCUAGCAAUUAAACCAAAAUGUGGAAACGUUGUUAUUGCUAAAUUUGGAGACCAAUAUAAUAGAGCUCUUGUAUUAAAUUCAGAUAACCCUGAUAAAAUAUUUGUAAACUAUAUGGAUUAUGGCAAUUUGGAUAACUUGAGAUUGGAAGAUUUGUAUGAAGCGCCAAUUGAAUAUGCUGAAAAGCCCAGACAUGCAAUGCCAGUUAUCCUUAAAGGUGUGCCGGAUUGUUAUAUGACAGAGGAGAUAAGAAGUUUUAUGUAUUCUUAUCUGAAUGGUAUUAACGUUUAUGUGAAAUACAAACCUGAAGACUAUUCGAAAGAAAAGGGUGUCUAUCAUGUAGAACUUAUCGACGAGACAACACAACAGAAUUUGAACAAAAUGAUUAUUAAGUUGUCUAAGCCUACAGAGCCCCUUUCAACAAAUGAAAUAUGCUAUAUAGAGUACCUGCAACAGAAACAUUUACCAAGCGGUGAAAAUGUGGAGUUAAUAGUAAUGGAUAAUUCAUCAAUGAGUACCGGAUGCGUAUCUUGUACCACAAAACCAUUUGCAUUAGAGAUUCAAAAAUUUCAAAAGGAUUUGCAAAAAUAUGUGGAAAGUAUACCAAAAGAAGGAUAUGCUCCUAGGCAAGAUGAACUUUGCAUCGUAAAAUAUAACGAAGACGGUCUUUGGUACCGAGGUCGUUGUUUGGAGGUAGUCGGAGAUGGAUAUCCCACAAUACUCUUCAUAGAUUAUGGCAAUGUUUCUAUGGUUCACAUUGACGAUAUACGACGCUAUCCUACACAAUUUACAUAUCCAAUCUAUACAGCCGAUUGUGAAAUUCAAGGACUUCCUGAAUCUUGUAAUGAUGAAAUUGUAGCCAAACUCGAAGAACUAAUACCUCAUGGCAGCGUCAUAAAGUGUAAAAACGUCAAAGCAUUUUCCGAUGACCAUUUUUAUUCCAUUUCAUUGCCAGAUGUUAUUCAAAAACUAAACAAAUGUGGUUUGUUAGAAUUACCAAAUAUUUAA